UGUUGUCUUGUCAAUGGUCGUGGUAGUUCGAAGCGGAUUGUAGUCUGUCAGUUGAAAAAAUUUGAUUGAGUAAAAAAAAUAUAUUUUUGGUGACUGAAAAACAAUAAACCUUUUGCAAUUAAAUAUAACUGUAACUUAACGCAUCUUGCUGUGAUUUGACGUUGAUUUGUAUUCUAGAGCGAACUACCGUGAUUGUAAUGCAUAUUUGGAACGCUGGAUACACAUCUUUGAUCUGAAAAUACUUUAAUGCAGAACUCACAUUGAAUACAUCUUCCCACGAGCUUAAAAAUGAUGGAAGUUAAACAGAGUACGCCAACCGACUUAAAUGCCUUAACAGCUGGCACCAGCAAUGGCAAGCCCAAUGAUGACAUGGAUGUUAUAUCAGAAUUGGAGGCAUCUAAACU